AUGAACAACCUGAACGAGCCCCCCGGCUGGAACAUCCUGCCCAACCGCAGGGAGCCCGGCGAGGAGGGCGGCCGGUGGAACUACGCCCUGCUGGUGCCCAUGCUGGGCCUGGCGGCCUUCCACCUGGAAGCCAAAUACCGGGAUACGAUCACGGAAAGUCGUCGCGCGGUUGCUCACUUGGAGCUGGAGCUUGAAAAGGAGCGCAACAGGACCCUGAGCUACCGUGAAGCCCUCGUGUCCCAGAGUCGCAAGCUAGUAGAAGAGAGGAGAAGCCUAGAACAGGAGCAGGAGAAGUUGGAGAGGGAGAAACAAGUUCUUUUGCACUCGGGAGCAGCAGGUAACUUGUACCAAAGUUGCCUGGCGAAGGAAGAAGAAUGGCAAAAGAGAGCCAACGUUUUACUAAAAGAAUUUGAAGAUGGACUUAAGGAAAGACAGGAGAUCUACUGCAGUCUUGUGGUACCCAGAAGCCAGAGACUAGAAAUAGAGAAAAAUUUGCUAGUUAAAGCGGCAACUGAUCCUGUUGCUAUGGCUCUACAUAUGGAAAGUGGCUUAAAAGAUAUUUUCAAACAUGAUAACUACUGUGGCAAUCUGCUGAACAGAAGCAGAAGUCAAAAUGGAAGACUUAUGUGGUUGUAUUUGAGAUAUUGGGAACUAGCUAUUGAACUACAGAAGUUCAAGAGGGUAGAAAAAGCAAUGUUAGGAAAACGGUAG